UACUGGUAUAAAGGCAAAACAAAUACUUAAAUUUCAAGAAUUGGAUUUAAAGUAUGUAGAGUGAAGGCAAACCUGUAAUUAGAGAGAGAAAUGAGUAAUCCAGUUCUUGUUCAUAUACCCACCAAGAAAAUCCCACUGAAGAAGAAAUUAUGAUAAUGAUGAAACACCCUCUGCACCCAGCACUCUCAAAAAGUACAAUCUUUACCCAUCAAAAUCUUCAUUCCCUUAAAUUUACCUCUCUCAAUAACAUCACCAAUCUCAUACCAAAACUCCCCACUUCCCCAUAACCAUGAAACCUCCUUUUCUUUUCUGUCCUACAUUUUGUUUGCUUCACACUUUUCUACUCUUCUUCUUCUCCUCUGCUGUUGAUGCCACUGCUCUGCCUCUUCAGCUCCAUGCCCUUCUUUCUCUUAAAUCAUCUCUUCGUGAUCCUUUAGGCACUUUUCAUGACUGGGAUUAUACUAAAAUGUCGUCCAAACCCACCCCGGUUUGGUGUUCUUGGUCUGGAAUUAAAUGUGAUCCUACAACAGCUCGAGUUCUCGCGCUUGAUCUCUCUGGGCGGAGUCUUUCGGGUGGUUUUCCCGACGAAUUUCGCUACCUGAAGAGCUUAAUUCAUUUGAAUUUAAGCAUGAAUGCUUUUGGACAGCCUCUCCCGCCUGUUAUUUUUGAACUCACUGAGCUCAGGAGUAUUGAUAUCAGCCACAACGCUUUCAAUUUAACUUUUCCGCCUGGAAUUUCCAAGCUUAAAUUCUUAAGAGUUUUUCAUGCAUACAGCAAUAAUUUCACUGGUUCAUUGCCGAAAGAGUUCGUCUCGUUACCUUUCUUGGAGCAGCUCAACCUUACGGGAAGCUAUUUCGAAGGGGAAAUUCCGUUGGAGUAUGGAAGCUUUCAGAAAUUGAAGUAUCUGGGUUUAGCUGGAAAUCAAUUAGAAGGAUCACUGCCACCUCAGCUGGGAUUUCUGAAUCAGCUUGAGCGCAUGGAAAUUGGAUACAAUUAUAAGCUUACAGGGAACUUACCCGAGGAAUUCUCAUUGUUAAGUAAUCUCCGGUACAUGGAUAUCUCAAACUGUUCACUCUCUGGUAAUCUCACAAAAGGAUUGGGGAAGUUAACAAAACUUGAAAUGCUGUUACUUUUUCGUAACAAAUUCAGUGGCGAAAUUCCGGUGAGUUUUACGAAUUUAAAGAGUUUGAAAGUUCUUGAUUUGUCAGAGAAUUUUCUCACUGGAACAAUACCAGUGGGAUUUUCAUCUUUGACAGAGCUAACCAGGCUUAGCUUGAUGAGAAACCAAUUCAUCGGAGAAAUACCGAAAGGAAUUGGCGAAUUACCAAAUCUUGAGACAUUAUGUCUUUGGAGCAACUGGCUAACAGGUUUUCUCCCACAAAAACUCGGUUCCAACGGCAAAUUAUCAUGGCUAGACGUCUCCAACAACUCUUUAUCCGGUCCAAUUCCAUUAAAUCUUUGCCAAGGAAACAAGCUCAUCAAGCUCAUAAUCUUCUCCAACAAGUUCAUCGGAAGCCUGCCAGAAUCACUGGGAAACUGUACUUCUUUAUCAAGAUUGAGAACUCAAGAUAAUCAGCUUAACGGUUCAAUUCCGCUCGGCUUCGGGUUCUUGCCAAGCUUAAACUUCAUAGACCUGAGCAAAAACAGCUUCACAGGCGAAAUCCCUCAGGAUCUUGGCAAUGCAGAGCAGUUACAAUAUCUGAACAUUUCUCAAAACAGCUUCAACAGCGAAUUGCCAAGUAACAUAUGGAGCGCGCAGAAUUUACAGAUAUUUUCAGCAAGUUCGAGCAAAAUCAAGGGAGAAAUCCCUAAUUUUAUCGGAUGCAAAAGCGUGUACAAAAUUGAAUUACAAGAUAAUUUUUUAAACGGUACAAUCCCGUGGACGAUCGGUCAUUGCGAGAAGCUUAUUUGUUUAAAUUUAAGCCGGAAUUCUCUCACCGGUAUAAUUCCAUGGGAAAUCUCUACUCUUCCGGCUAUCACUGACGUGGAUCUUUCUCGUAAUCUUAUCUCCGGUUCAAUACCGUCAAAUUUCGACAACUGUACCACUCUGGAGAGCUUCAACGUCUCGUUUAAUCGUUUAACCGGUCCAAUUCCAGGCUCCGGUACGAUUUUCCCCAAUCUUCAUCCGUCGUCGUUUUUAGGUAACGAAGGACUCUGCGGUCGCGUUUUAGCAAAACCAUGCGCGAUGGACACUUUAACCUCCGGAGAGCUAGAGGUUCACCACCGGCAACAGCCGAAGAGGACCGCCGGUGCAAUUGUCUGGAUCAUGGCGGCGGCUUUCGGUAUAGGUUUAUUUAUUCUGGUGGCCGGAACUAGAUGCUUCCACGCGACCUACAAUCGGAAAUUCAACGACGAGAGCGAGAUCGGACCGUGGAAAUUAACCGCUUUUCAGCGGCUAAAUUUCACGGCGGAUGAUGUGCUCGAGUGUCUUUCAAUGAGUGAUAAAAUCUUAGGGAUGGGAUCGACUGGAACAGUUUAUAAAGCGGAGAUGCCAGGUGGCGAGAUCAUAGCGGUUAAGAAACUAUGGAGUAAACACAAAGAGAGCAUCAGACGGCGGAGCGGGGUUUUAGCUGAGGUGGACGUGUUGGGGAAUGUGAGGCAUAGGAAUAUAGUGAGAUUAUUAGGAUACUGCAGUAACAGAGAGUGCACAAUGCUGUUGUACGAGUACAUGCCGAAUGGAAAUUUAGAAGAUUUACUGCACGGUAAAAACAAGGGUGAAAAUUUAGUAGCGGAUUGGUUUACGAGGUAUAAAAUUACUUUAGGUGUUGCUCAAGGGAUUUGCUAUCUUCACCAUGACUGUGAUCCGGUGAUCGUUCACCGUGAUUUGAAGCCUAGCAAUAUUCUAUUGGACGGUGAGAUGGAGGCGAGAGUAGCUGAUUUUGGGGUGGCUAAGUUGAUCCAGAGUGAUGAGUCCAUGUCGGUGAUUGCUGGGUCUUAUGGUUACAUUGCGCCAGAAUAUGCUUACACCUUACAGGUAGAUGAAAAGAGUGAUAUUUACAGCUUUGGAGUACUAUUAAUGGAGAUUAUUAGCGGCAAAAGAUCAGUUACUGCUGAAUUUGGUGACGGCAAUAGCAUUGUAGACUGGGUGAGGUCCAAAAUUAAAACUAAAGAGGGCACGAUUGACAUUUUGGACAAAAAUGCAGGGGCAUUAAUUGAAUCAGUAAGAGAGGAGAUGAUGCAAAUGCUUAGAAUUGCACUGCUUUGCACUAGCCGGAAUCCGGCGGACCGGCCGUCGAUGAGGGACGUUAUGUUGAUGUUACAAGAAGCUAAACCUAAGAGGAAAUUGCCUGGAAGUUUUGUUAGCAGUGGUGGCGGUGGGGUUGGUGAUAAUAUAGUUACCGCCGGUGAUGCCACUGAAUUGAAGGCUAAUGUGGAAUGUUAAUAUGAUUAAUUUUUACUUUUUUGAUGUUAUUUUUGAAAUGAUGGGGAGAUUGGUAUAGGAGAAGUGAUUUUUCUUAGUUAUUUUUUGUUCUAAUGAAAAUUUCAAGUGUUUCUUGUUCUAAUUUUGUUUCUGGUGGUAUAAUUGGGUGGGACAUGAACUUUUGUUAAUUAACAUUUUAAAUUGGAGAGUUUAUGAUUGUGAUA